AUGCCUGGAAAGUGGGAGAAGCCUUUUCGCGAUGAAUCAGGCUUGUCGUCUGAGGAUCUCAGUCUAACCGAUGAGACUCUCAGAGCGGAAUCGUCAUUCAUGAUAGAGUUCUUCCAAGGACUGGAUUAUUGCCCUACGGGCCAGUGCAAAGUUGUCACUUUCGGCAACACGGCUGGCUUUGGGCCGGAUCUCGUAUAUGCGGACCGGCAGAUGCUUCUGAACGCUACAAGAAUGCAAGAAGUACAUGAGAACUGGCAGCAAUUAUAUCCAAUCAGUCGAGGCUACUUUGUGGCAGACGAAAAUGGUGCAGAAUACAAAGUCCAGUUUCCACCAGCAGACAUCAGCGGCGUGUUAUCCCCAGAUGACAAGCGCAGCGGCUGGGUUCUCUCUGUAUUUCAUCAGAUUCACUGCCUGUCAAUCAUAACAACAAGGCUCGGCAUCUCCCGAAAAGAAUUCGCAGACUGGGACCCCUUCAAGUUAGGGCACACAGCGCACUGCAUCGAGUACCUGCGACAGAGCAUCCUAUGCUCAGGAGAUACAAGUCUUGAAGGCGAGUCAGGAUCAUGGUCGGAGAGUAUCGGCUGGGGUCAGAACCACGUAUGUAGAGACUACGACGCGCUUAUGCGGCUGGCGAACGAGAAGGCAGCCUGGGACCUCAGUCACGAGCGCGAGCCGGACCACUCCAAGCUCUUUGAUUCUACCAUGGAAGACUGCGAUUCAGAGAAUGGGGAGUACUGUCAUUGA